CAAAGCAUUUCUGCACAUUUUGCCACAGGGCACGGACGAGCGGUCCGUCUGGCGCUUGAUAAUGGAAAGAAGAAAGAUCCGAGACACGUUCAAGGAUGCCAUUCGGACGCUGAACACGCUUCAGACCAACGCCAGCUACCUGGAGCAGGUGAAGCGAGAGCGGGGAGACCCCCAGGCGCAGCUAGAGGCCAUGUCCGGCUUCCUGGAACGGAGCGGGUUGAAGGUCGAAGACCUGGAUCAAUUGAACAUUAUUCACGUCACUGGGACAAAGGGCAAGGGUUCAGCAUGUGCCUUCACAGAACGCAUUCUUCGCAACUAUGGCUUAAAAACCGGUUUCUACAGUUCUCCGCACCUGGUUCAAGUCCGCGAGAGGAUCCGGAUUAACGGGCAGCCCAUCAGCAAAGAGCUUUUCAGCAAGUACUUCUGGCAGGUCUACAACCGUUUGGACGAAACCAAGGAUUCUAACCACAUGGCCAUGCCGGCCUACUUCCGCUUCCUCACCAUUAUGGCUUUCCACGUCUUUUUGCAGGAAAAGGUUGACUUGGCCGUCAUGGAAGUUGGCAUUGGGGGCGCCUAUGACUGUACCAAUAUCAUCAGGAAGCCUGUGGUCUGCGGGGUCUCCUCGCUAGGCAUUGACCACACCAGCAUCCUGGGCGACACCAUUGAGAAGAUUGCCUGGCAGAAGGCCGGGAUCUUCAAGCCUGGAGUGCCGGCGUUCACUGUACCGCAGCCGGAGCGGUCGCUAGAGGUUUUGAGGGAACGCGCCCAGAAGAACUCGAGCCCGCUGUACCUGUGCCCUGACUUGGAUGCCUUUGAGGACGGCGACACGCCCCUUCAGCUGGGCUUGGCGGGAGACCACCAACGCUCAAACGCCGCUCUGGCCCUCCAGCUGUCCCGUUUGUGGCUCGGGCGGCACGGCUACCUGGAUAACGGGCUUUUGAAGGACCCAUGGCCAAGCUCAGAGCUGCCAACGAAGAGGCCUCUACCUGUGGCCCCCGCCUUCAAGCCAGGCAAAGCGAUGGCACAAGGGCUGCAGGCGACGGUGUGGCUGGGCCGCAACCAGGUGCUGCGCCACGGCCCCGUGACGUGGUACAUCGACGGAGCCCACACCACCAGCAGCAUCCAGGCCUGCGUCCGCUGGUUUCGCCAGGCGGCCUUCAAUGAAGAAAAACCCGCAGACGGCUCCGAGGUCCGCGUGCUGCUCUUUAACGUGACGGGGGACCGGGACACGGCCGCCUUGCUCAAACUGCUGCUGCCUUGCCAGUUCGACUAUGCCGUUUUCUGCCCCAAUUUCACUGAGGUGUCUACUGUGGGGAAUGCAGACCAGCAGAACUUCAACGUCACGCUGGAAAACGUCCUGACCCGCUGCCUGCAGAACCAGAGCCACUGGAACCGCCUGAUGGAGGCGAAGGGGGGCCAAGACCCGUGGCUGUCCGUCUCGACCGAGGUGGAGGGGGUGGGCGGGUGGCUGAAGCAGGCCCCCCUGCACGGGCCCCCGCUCUUCGUUCCCCCCUCGGCCCGCCCGCUCAACUCCAACUCCUUGGUCUUCCCCUGCAUCUCCCACGCCUUGCAGUGGAUCACCCAGGGCAGGGACCUGCACUUCCAGCCCCCGGCCCCCAGGGGGCUCCACCUUCACCCCGUGGCCAGCAGCGGGGCCGUCCUGCUGAAGGAGGCGGUGGCCAUCCGGGUCCUGGCGACGGGCAGCCUGCACCUGGUGGGGGGCGUCUUGAAGUUGCUCGACCCGUCUCUUUCGCAGUAGAGGGGGUGCCCCGGCCGGAACUGCGUGCGCUGCCUACUUGAAGCCUUGGCAGGCGGGGGCAUUCGCCUGCUGCGAACCUCCGCCGCAGUGGGGGCGUGCCUUGCCUGUCCCCCACACAGAGAUUGCUGGGGAACGUGGCCCGGCGGCAUCCUGCUGGAACGCGCAUUGCGGCGAAGCGUUUCGCCUCGAGCACCGAAGGGCUCGUGCUCCAGGUACAGUCCAUCCGCAAGCCCAGAGGAGCAGUCUCGAGACGCUUGCCCUCUUCUUUCUCCGUACGGUUGCCCUACAAGCCCGGCGCGCUGUGAACUCGAGAGCCCUCGGGCCAAGCAAGGGCCGCGCUGCCGCUUCUCGACAGACUGCGCUGCGCCUCUCCUCUGCCUGAGCGAGCCGAGGCACCGACUGGCGGCCUUCGACGGAUGACUCCUACGUGCCUUUUUAUCUGCCUCGUUCCUUCGCCAGCCCAUCCUCUGUAUACUUUGUCGGUGCCUCCUGCUGCUGCGUGGGAUAUGUGCGUGGGAUGGCGGGCCGAUGUCUUCAGGCGUCUCACUGCCUGCUCUUCAGUGCUUUGGGGGGGGGGGCUCUGGGGCGCUCUGACUCUAGCUCUGUCCCCUUUUAAAAGCCCACCCAGGCUAAGAACCAUAGCCUUGUUUUUCUUUGUUCCCGGCUUCCAAGGAAGUGAUUUCUGGGGUUCACCAGGGACGUUCCUCCAGGUUAGCAAGUCAUCUUCGGGCCCUGUGAUGCGUCCUUGUUUGGGGGAGUUGGUCUAUUUGCAUGCUGCUCACACCCCUUUGCUGUGGACACAUGCCACAGCAGAAGGACUCGCACAUAGGGUGUCCUGGAGCUGCCUUGGGCCUGCUGUUUUGGGGGCAGCUGGAUGGCUGUCACCAUGUUCUCAGUAACGUUCCCAGUAACCGGCUGCCAAGACCACUCACAAGUGUAGGGCAGUGAUCAGUCUGGCCACUGGAGGGCGCUGUUGGUUCAUGAAAAAGACCCCUUAGGCAGUGGGGGCCAGGUGUUCUGACUCCAUCCCCCCCGCCCUCCUAGCGGUGAAUGCCCCCAGAGAAUUGCUGCUCAUCACCCUACAGGCGCCAUUGCCACCUUCACCUGGGCGUCCCCUCUCCCUUUCCACCCUGCUGGAACAUCUGUCCUGUCUUGGGACUCCAACUCCCAUCAGCCCCAGUCAGCACAGAUGGGAGUUGUAGUCCAACAUUAUCUGUAGGGCUGCAGAUUCCCCUCCCCGUCCAGUUAGAGUUGACUUCCCCAGCCUGGUGGCUGUGAGAUGUUUUGGACUACAAUUCCCAUCAACCCUGACUAUUGGCCAUCCUGACUGGGACUGAUGGGAGAUACUCUCUCUGCAAAAGCAUCUGGGUCAGGGAAGGCUGAGUUAGAGCAGCGGUGAAUUGGAUUUGAGGAGCAAAAUGUGGAGCUCAGAUCCGGUGGGGAUGGGGGACACUUCGACCAAUGCUGGAAUACAUUUUAUAAGAGUUCAGACGACAUGAUCUCUCACCGUCAAGGAUUGAGUGUAGGUUGUUGUUGAAACGUGUGAUAUGUUGCCUGAACCCAGCCGUGAUAACAAACCAUGGUUUAAACAACCCACGGUUCACAACCCAACAACAAACCAUAGGUUCUUUUCAUGGGUUGUUUGUGGUUCACAAGCAGUGGUUUGUUAGCGUGGCUGGGUUCAGGUAACACGAUAACCCAAGGUUCAACAACAAACCACACUUGAACACUUGAAUGUGGGUUAGCGUGUUGUGUGAACCCCAGUCAGAGACUUGGACAUUUAAAAACAAUAACCUGAUUCAUUCAUGCAGCCAUUCCUUAUGGGACUGUAACACCUCUUGAACGUACAGAGGCCUGCAUGCCAAUUACCACCUCUGUGCCGGGGGGAAACUUGCUAUCUUCUCUCCGUUGUGUUAGGUCUACGCGUGCUUUUGAUGGACCUUUUCCACUCUGUGCACUCCUGAGGUGCACAGAUGUCUGGUAAAUCUUCCAUUUUGACAUCUGCCCAGCACAGGGGGUGUUUAGAAUGAUUGUGCUGUUAGGGGAACCCUUAAUUAUCAUAGAGGUGACACGUGGGGGGGGGGGAGAGAAAAAGAAAAAUGCAAAAUCUAUGUUCGCCGUGGUGGGGUGGGGGCUCUUUCCCAAACGGCUUUCCUGCGUUAACGCUUUUCGUGUCCUUUUUACCGAGGCAGACGCACGCGAAACAGUAACCUACCGCAAUUCAUCCGUGCGAAGAUUUUCUUUCGCAUGGUGCUAGCAGGAAGCCAUAUAUCCUGGUUGACAGAAAGCGUUCCUGGUUGACAACCAGUUUGGAUGUUAAUGUUUACACACACCCUCCCCUUCAGAACAUCCCUCCCUCCAAAGUCUCGUCCUGGUCGGCAAAGUUGACCAAGAGUUGGACUUUUUGGAUCCAUGCACAUUUCGAAUUGCAAAAAUAAAAAAUGUGUGCUUGAUACAGGUGGGGUGGCGGAGGUUAGAGCGACUGCAUUGCCUUAGAGCAAAAUCCUUCUUGUCUGCCAUCUUCUCAGCCAAUACAAUGGGACCAGUAUGUGAAUGGCAGGGUUUGCGAAUCCGCCCUGGGUAUCACAAUCUUCUCCCUUCGUUUGUGGUUUCAGGAUGUCCUUUCCUUUCCCGGUCAGGUCCCGUGAAAAAUCUCACCCGUUUCAAUUUCCCCUUUAAGGAUCCUUGAAAGAUGCAAUUGGAAUCCAAACCUCUCUCAUCCUGCACUGAUCAAAAUGGCGGUUCUAAAUUCUUGGGGUGUGUGUGUGUCUUUUCACCUUUGGAGGGCACAUAUCAGAUUGUGACGGACUGCUUUUAAAUAGUUAUAUUUCUCCUCUGUUUUCUGGGUCUCUCCCCCCCCUGCCACCUUGUCUAAAGGGACAGGAAGCUUAGGGUGCGAUCCUGUGCAUGUUUAGACUGCCGUAAGCUGUAGGCCUUGUUUUCCCCCCCUGUCUAAACAUGCAUAGAUUUGUCCCAUUAAAAGACUUUAUAUAAGAAGUAAUUUAUCUCAGAACAGUGGUUUUAUUUUUAUUUUCCUAGUUUUUAAAUUAAAUCUUUUUAACAGUUUUUAAAGUUUGACUUUUGGGGGGAGGAGGGUACGCCUUUAUAAAAGUGAUUUACUGUACAUUUUGGGAUAAUAAAAAACGGAUGCUCUAAAUAAAGAACCGUCUGACUAGAAGGC